AUGACAAUCACAGAAACAGAACAUGAAUUUGAAUCCCUUCCAGGGUAUUUCCAAGCUUAUCCAACUUUAGGAUGCACACCAAUUGAUUCAUCCAAGGAAGAUCAUCUUAAACUGAUUAACCAUGAAACAUGGAAGCAAUUGUAUGAUUCCAUCCCUGAAGACACUGAUACGCACACAUACAAAUUAUUAGUCCUUGCUAGACACGGUGAAGGGUAUCAUAAUGCUGCUAUCAAGAGGUACGGUCAAGCGAAGUGGGAUUCGUAUUGGUCAUUCUUGAACGGUGAUGAGUAUGGUGAAUGGAUAGAUUCAAGAUUGACUCCUUUAGGGAGGAAGCAGGUGGAAGCCACAGGGAGCGAUAUUUUGGUUCCUCUCGUUGAUGAAAUGGGGUUCUUACCUCAUCGAUUCUUCAGUUCUCCCUUGAGACGUUGUCUGGAAACGUUUAUGAAAUCUUGGAAUUGUGUCUUACAAGGACAAGAAUUAACUGAGGAAGAUGAUAGAAAGUUGGUUAUUCAUGUCAUUGAGAACUUGAGAGAAACUCUAGGUGAACAUACUUGUGACAAGAGAGUGAAUCAUUCCACCACCACUGAGGAAUAUCAAAAUUGUCUGUUACCAUCGGGCCACACGGUUCAUUGGACCUACGCAGAGGAGUAUCCGGAAGAGGACCAACUUUGGUUAGCUGACCACCGAGAAACAGAAAAAGAGAUGGAUCAACGUAUUCAUGUUGGACUUCGUGAAAUGUUUGACAAAUUAGAUGACAAUGAAAGAUUUGUUUCUCUUACUUGUCAUGAAGGUGUCAUCGCUAGUACUUUGCGUAACUUGAACCACCCACCAGUAUUGAAGCUAGACACGGGGAAAAUUGUAUGUACUGUCGUCAAAGUUCAAAAAAGCUUGUAA